AUGUCCAAGAUGCCGGCCAAGAAGAAGAGCUGCUUCCAGAUCACCAGCGUGACCACGGCCCAGGUGGCCAGCAGUAUCACCGAGGACACCGAGAGCCUGGACGACCCGGAUGAGUCCCGCACCGAGGACGUGUCUUCUGAAAUCUUUGAUGUUUCCCGAGCCACCGACUAUGGCCCUGAGGAUGUCUGUGAGCGGAGCUCCUCUGAGGAGACUCUCAACAACGUAGGCGAGGCCGAAACGCCUGACAGCGUCUCUCCCAACCUCCUGUUGGACGGCGCUGCUGGUGGGUCAGCUGUGGCUCCACCAGCUGUGGCCCCCAAUGGAGGGGCUGUCCCCAAGAGCUCUGCUGUGCCCCUGCCAUCUGCUGCCCCUGGCACUGCUGCGGCAGGAGGCAGCAGUGCUCAAACUGCCUUGCCCUCUACAGGGCCUUCUGUGUCUGCCGCUCCUGGGGCUCAGACAGCGGCUGCUACGUGCAGCUCACGCUUCAGGGUGAUCAAGCUGGACCAUGGCACAGGGGAGCCCUACAGGCGAGGACGAUGGACGUGUAUGGAGUAUUAUGACCGGGACUCGGAUGGUGGUAGUGUCCUGGGCAGGACUGGAGAUUGCAUUAGGCACAGCAGCACCUUUGAGCAGGUUGCUCAAGAGAGAGACAGCGGCCUUGGUGCCACAGGAAGCUCCGUCGUGGUCUCGGCUGUACCAGCGUCGGCCCACGGCCCUGAUUCUAUAGCUGACAGUUCCCUGACUGCUGUGUCACAGCUGCUUCAGACAGAGAAAAUGAACCAGUCCUCUCUACAGCAACCUAAUUUUGUCAUUGGGCAACAACAGCAUCCACAACAACCCAUAGGUGGGGCCAUGCCUCAAAGUACUGCUCAGCCCAUGUUUUGUGGGGCUUCGGUAGCAAAUCAGCAAAUGAUGGUGCCACAGCAGUCACAGCCACAGGUAAAUACGCAGGCUCUUGCACAGGCUGGACCCAACGGGAAAGGCAUGGCACCUCCAAACGUGACAGUAGGGCAGCCAAGCGUUCCUGGGGCUCAGCAGCAGGUGCAGCAGACAAGUAUUCCAGUCACUCAGCCUCAACAGUUCGCUUAUUCUCAGUCCCAGAUCCCACCAGUGCAUCUACUGCCGGCGCAACCUUCUGGUCAAGCCGAAUACAUGCAGCACAUGACAAUUAUGCAGUCUCAAGGAGCUCUUCAACAGGCUGCUGCGGGCUCCGUUCCAAGUACUGUGGCGUCCAGCCUUCCUGUGGGGCAGGGGACCGGCCAAAAUCCCUCGCUGGUGGGAGCGCCAGUGAUGGGGGUGUCGGCGCAGCCCGGCGAGGCAGUGGGACAGGGAGCGGGACUGAUGCAGAGCGGCCAGACGCAAGGCGGUCAGGCUGCCAUCCCGCAGCCGGGAGGUGCGGUGCAGCAAGGCGUUGGACACGCCGGGGCUGUGCAACAGAAAUCUGUGACUCAGCAUCCAAUGGGUGGAAGCAGUCAAGUGUCCGGCGUGCCCGCUGCUCCCCACGCCGCGGUCUCUGGAGUUCAGAACGUGCCUGCGGUUGUGCCCGGUACAAGUGUGCCUAGUGUGUCUACCACCACUUCUGUUACUAUGCCAAAUGUCCCUGUUACACUGGCCCAGUCACAGAUGACCAGCCACACUUCUGUCAGCAGGAGUACCGGCGUUGUCCAGCCGCAGCACGUUGGACAUUCUAUAAUGCAAGGCACGCCUAACGUACCUGCCAACCUGCCACAGUCAAACCUUGGACAGUUUCAAACUCAAGCUCAAUCCUUAGUAGGCCAGAUUGAUGAUACGAGAAGAAAAUCAGAACCCCUACCUCAGCCACCACUUUCUCUUAUAGCUGAAAAUAAACCUCUUGUGAAGCCUCCCGUUCCAGACACUCUAGCAAAUCCUCUUCAGCUACCUGCAAGUACUCCUAUGAACAGUCUUGCCAGCUCUGUGUUUGGCAUAUCUAUUCCUGUUGAUGGUGAUGAAGACAGGAAUCCGUCAAAUGCAUUCUACCAUGCGUUCCGUUUCAACAAGUUACGCGAGUCAAAGACCUGCUGGGAUAGUGCGUCUGGUGCAAGUGUUGUUGCCAUCGACAACAAAAUAGAACAGGCAAUGGAUCUAGUGAAAAGCCAUUUGAUGUAUGCAGUAAGAGAAGAAGUGGAAGUCCUGAAGGAACAAAUAAAAGAAUUAGUUGAAAGAAACUCUUUACUUGAACGGGAAAACGCACUGUUGAAAUCUCUUUCAAACAAUGAUCAGUUAUCCCAACUUUCAACCCAACAGGCCAACCCCAGUAGCACUUCACAAGCGCAAGCAGUGAUAGCACAGCCUCCGCAGCCUCCACAGCAGCCGAAUGUCUCCUCAGCGUAG